UAUUUUUCAGGGUUCAGUUUCGAAACUUGUUGCCGCCGAGGUCGAGGCGAAGCGCAAGUCAUUUUGCGGGGAGAGGAAUGGGUGUGGUAGCAAGAAAAGGUAUGCUAGUGUACAAGAUUUACAGGGCGUUAAGCUACGUUGUAUCACCGCUACUGCAACUUCACCUACGUUGGCGAAAGAUCCGAGGUCUCGAGCACCCAACCCGUUUGCCUGAGCGUUUGGGACGGCCUUCCCUGACUCGACCUCCUGGCCCGCUCCUUUGGUUCCACGCUGUUUCUUUAGGUGAAGGAAUGGCUGCGAUUCCGGUGAUUAAAGAAUGCGUUAAGUGGAGGCCUGAUUUGAACAUUUUGUUGACAACAACCACCAUGUCUGCUUUUGAAGUUAUAAUUAAUCAGCUUCCAACCGGUGUCCUACAUCAGUUUUCUCCAAUCGAUACCCCUGCUGCCAUGGAUGCUUUCCUGGACUAUUGGAACCCAAAUGCAAUCAUGUUACUAGAGAGUGAACUAUGGCCAAAUCUUAUCAUGGCUUCUUCGAGAAAGGGUAUUCUACUGGCCUUAUUAAAUGCUCGAGUUUCUAUGAAAUCCUUCAAAUUAUGGUCGUCUCCUGUGCUUUUUCCACUCAUUUCGUUAUUGCUUUCCAAGUUCUCCUUGAUUAUCCCACUGAGUUCUAUGCAGGCAAUCCAUUUCCAGCUUUUGCAGGCCCCACCUUUUAUCAUCAACUUUGCUGGUGACUUGAAAUAUGUGGUAGAAUAUGAUGCUUCUAAGGAAGAGUUCAGAAGCAUUGAUGAUCUGAAGGUACAGCUUGGGCACAGGAAAGUAUGGAUGGCUUCUUCCAUUCAUAGGGGAGAAGAAGAAGUUAUGCUAGGAGUUCACAAAGUGCUCAAGCAAGUGUAUCCUGAUCUGGUCACUAUUAUUGUACCUCGUUAUCCACAACAUGGAAAAGAUAUAGCACAAAAAUUGCAGAAAGAAGGGCAGCAUGUUGCUUUGAGGUCUCAACAUCAAAGGAUCGUACCAGGAAGAAACAUAUAUGUGGUGGACACAUUAGGUGAGUUGAGACACUUGUAUAGGCUAACUCCAAUAGCUGUCAUAGGAGGUUCCUUCUUCCCGGGAUUAGCUGGCCAUAACAUAUCAGAAGCUGCAGCAGCUGGCUGUGCUGUUUUGACCGGUUAUCAUGUUGGGCAUUUCUCACAUAUGUUACGGGAAAUGCAACGAUUAAAUCCAUUAUCAGUUCUGCAGGUAGCUGGAAAAUUAGAGCUUGAAGAAGCUAUUUUGAAGUUCUUUACUGAUGGCAAAGUGCUAGAAGCACGACAAACAGCUUCAAAGCAAGCAUUUCAUGCUCUGUCUAAUGGUAUCAUCGCCAAUGCCUGGAACGUGCUAUAUUUUCACGUUCUAAAACAGGCUUUGCUAAAAGAAACAGAUAACAGAUAGCAUAUACAAAUUGUUAUAUGAUAGAUCAACAGCUUCUGUUUUGGAGGCAAGCUUGCAUGUAACUUCUCUCUCUGGAGAAGCAAGAGCUGAGUAAUUUGUGAAUGUUUUUACUGGGUGAUUUCAUAUUGAAUCUUGAGGUUGCUAUUUAACUCCUACCUCAACUUAGAUGUGGCGCUGCAACCAAAACUAAAUUAGCCUAUGCUGCGGAUUUUCAAUUCUGGAGCUCAAAGCACACUGCUGGUUCUUGGUUGAAAGAUAGGGGAUUGCAUAUGAUAAUCGGAUUUUUUGGUGUUAGUCUCAAUAAUCUUUUCGACUAUGCAAAUCUCUUAUGGUACAUGCUGGUUGGGCAGGCUCGUGGGAGUCAGGACGGAGUGUAUGUUGUCCCACUCCUAUCAACUUUUUUUACUUGAUUUCCUGGAUCGCAAAUAAUGUUAUGCAUAUGAGAGUUUCUUGCCAGUGUAAAAAAUAAACAUGAGAGCGAUGACAAAAGCUUCUUACUAGAGAGACAUUAGUGAACGUUAUCUUCUUCUUUUUUUUUUUUUUUUAAUUAUCGUGGAUAUCCGGGUCAGCUUGUGCAUACCUUAAUUAAUCCCAGGCUUGCAGAGUGCUUGUUACGUUGGCUCGGUCUUCGCUGACGGCCAAUCAAAUUAUUUGCGCUGCUAUAUAUCGCAUUAUACAUCAUCAAUAAUGGGCACUGUAUGCCUGUCGCAUUCCCUUCUGGCUUUUCAGUUGACGGGUGUUUUUUGCA